GACCAAUCGAGUCACAAAUUUUCUCAGCCGUCUCUCAUCUUGUCCAAAAUGUUCAAGCCGAGUCUCUGGCUUCGCUGCGAAAAGAAGGAGUUCGAACGUCGAGCUGCACUGACACCGACCACGUCCAAAAAGCUCAUCGAUGCCGGUUUCGAAAUCUUCGUCGAACGAGACGAACAACGUAUUUUCGAUGACACUGAAUACGAAGUUGUUGGAUGCAAGCUAGUAGAUAACAAUACUUGGCCAUCCGCACCAGUGAACAUACCAAUCAUCGGAUUGAAAGAGCUUCCCGAGUCGACGGACCCUCUCCCACAUACUCAUAUCCAGUUUGCUCACUGUUACAAGCAACAAGCUGGGUGGGCCGAAGUAUUGUCGCGUUUCCAACGCGGCGGAGGAACCCUGUACGACCUAGAGUUCCUGAAUGACGCCAACGGUCGUCGGGUUGCAGCCUUUGGUUAUCAUGCCGGCUUCGCAGGGGCAGCUGCUGGUGCUCUUGCGGUCGCGUCGCAGAGAAGAGGCGAAAAGCUUGGGCAUCUCAAGCCUUUUGAAAAUGAAGAUACGAUGAUAAGCGCUGUUAAGACCGCCUUGGGUGGUAGUGGCAGGGGUGUUAAGGCCUUGGUAAUUGGUGCGCUGGGACGAUGUGGACGCGGUGCAGUUGAUCUCUUUAGAAAGAUUGGUUUAGACGAGGAUGACAUUCUCAAGUGGGACAUGGAGGAAACGGCCAAGGGCGGCCCGUUUCCUGAGAUUCUUGAUGUCGACAUUUUUGUCAACUGCAUCUAUCUCAGUUCCAAGAUUCCCUCGUUCUUGACUCAUGAACAAAUCGUCUCCGCCGGAAAAGGACGGCGACUGUCGACUGUUGUCGAUGUCAGCUGUGAUACGACCAACCCAUUCAACCCAAUUCCCAUCUACACGAUUAACACGACAUUCUCUUCGCCCACAGUGCCUGUCGAUGUUGGGAAUGAGAAUCCGCCUCUGUCCGUAAUAUCUAUUGAUCACCUGCCUACGUUGCUUCCACGAGAAGCUUCAGAGCAGUUCAGCUCGGACCUUCUUCCUUCUUUGCUCCAGUUUCCGGACCAGAAGACGGCACGGGUGUGGACUGAAGCCAAGGCCCUUUUUGACAAGAAAAUUGCGGAGGCCGUCGAAACGGCUAAGCUAUAGACGCAUGAGGCCGUUUUAGAAGGCUUUACAGUAGAAUACAACGUAAAUUUGGCUUGAAUUGCAGAAAAAUCAGUGGAUAAAUAUUGCGAACGAUGCCAAGCAUUCUGAUGUACUGAUGGUUGUCACCUAACUGUUCAUGUACAUACACAAGCACUGUUCAUAUGCAAUCCGGAGAUCAGGAUGUGGAUACGCAAGGAUCAGAUUGAAUCCAAGCAUCGGUAUAGGUAGUUGCAAGGGGAAUGGAUGAAGCAUUGGCGAAAUAUAGUGCAGGGAGAAGGUUGCUAAGGA